CGCACUGGAAGAGUAACAGGGAUUGCAAGGCCACAGACGCACCCAUGGAGACGCCAGCUGUGACUGGUGUGCACGACACAAACCCCCUUAUCAGUCUUGUCCAUCUUAUCAGAUCUAAUUGUUGAUUGAAAUCGUUGCAGUGGAUAACUUUGCCACCUUCGCAGAAGCUGCCCAGAGAGUGGUUUACUCGCUUCUAUCCACAUGUCUCGAAUGAGGUAAUUUGAUUGACCUACUCUCGCAUGGAAACAUGUGGAACCGAAAUCCUCUCUCGGUGGAAUCUGCUCUGCUUCUUCCAGGCUUUAUCCCGGCCACCCAGUUGAAAGGCUUAGCGUGAAAUACGCGUUGAAGCAAAUUCUUCAGCGCAGGUGCAUCUUUUCUUGUCCGGCGACGCGAACCGAGAUCGGAGAUCCCAUAGCACCAGUCCCCAGAAGCUGCAAAAAUGACAGCCUGAUAGACCACGUGAGUGGGGGAUGAUGCUCUACACAAUGUCAACAUAACAUUGACGGCUGAAGAUUGGGCUCUCGGGCAGGAGGAGGCUGAACAUUGGAACCACUGAGAAUUCAUUUAGCCUCCCAUCGAGAUGUCUCUAGACAGCAGCACUGAGACCACGUUGUUUCCACCCCCAUCAGUUCCGUCCAUUCUUCAUGGCGAUUCGGAAGUGCCGUUGUUAGACUUUACUCUCGGCGAGCUGCUAGAUUUUCAGUGCAAGAGGUAUGGGAGUCGAGAAUGUUUGGUGGUGCCGUGGACAGGCUCCAGAUGGACCUACGACCACCUCAGGGAGGAAAGCAUUCGACUCGCGAAAGCCCUUGUUGCCCGAGGGCUACGCCCAGGGGAUCGAAUCGGCAUCAUGGCUGGAAACUGCGAACAAUAUGUCUCGGUCUUCUUCGCCUGUAUGAGGCUGGGAUGUAUCCUGGUGAUUUUGAACAACACCUACACUGCAUCUGAAGCGCUGUAUGCUCUGAAAUUCACAGAAUGCAGAAUAUUGUUUGCAACUCCUCGGAUCGGCCAUCAUGACAAUGGGCAACUUCUCCGCCAGCUGAGAGAGAAGCCAGGCACGGUCGAGGAGAUUAUCAUUCUACGCGGCCCACCCGGUCACUUCACCCCCUAUACAACACUCCUAGAGACAGGAGCAAUCGAAUCCGACGAGAUUCUCGAGGCAGUCUCGAAGGCAUUCAGCUGCCAUGACGUUUGCAAUCUCCAGUUCACCAGUGGAACGACAGGAAACCCGAAAGCUGCAAUGCUGACACAUCACUCCUUGGUCAACAAUAGUCGCUUCAUUGGCGAUCGCAUGGCCUUGACGGAUCAAGACGUGCUGUGCUGUCCACCGCCACUCUUCCAUUGCUUUGGCCUUGUCCUCGGCCUGCUGGCCAUCAUAACCCAUGGCGGAAAAGUGGUCUAUCCCGCCGAGACCUUUGACGCCGGGGCGUGUCUGAGAGCCAUCUCCGAGGAACGAUGCACUGCCCUCCACGGCGUCCCAGCAAUGUUCGAUUCCAUCUUCAGCCUGCCCCGACCCGAUGACUUCGAUUGCUCGGCCUUGCGGACCGGCAUCAUAGCAGGGGCUCCCGUACCUCGCCACCUGAUGGAACUUAUGGUCAAUGAACUCGGGAUGACCGAGUUCACCAGCAGUUAUGGCUUGACAGAAGCGUCGCCAACUUGUUUCAACGCUUUCCACAGUGACCCUACAAGUCUAAAGCUCAGCACCGUGGGCCAAGUCAUGCCGCACGCCCAUGCAAAGAUCGUUGACCGACAGGGGAGAAUCGUGCCGGUCGGGCAGCGCGGAGAACUCUGCAUCGCCGGCUACCAACUCCAACGAGGCUACUGGCGAAACGUGGAGAAGACGAACGAGGUCAUGAUCCGGGACGCAGACGGCGUGCUGUGGCUGCAUACCGGCGACGAAGCUGUCUUUCACAGGGACAAGACGUGCACUAUUACGGGCCGGUUCAAGGACAUCAUCAUCAGGGGUGGAGAAAACAUCUAUCCUUUAGAGAUUGAAAGUCGUCUGGUCGAGCACGAGGCCAUUGACCGUGCCAUCGUCGUCGGCGUCAAGCACGCCAGGUACGGCGAAGUCGUGGCUGCGUUUCUCCAACGCAGCAGCAGCUCGACCCCUGCGACAACCCAACGAGGAGGCAGUUUCGGAGGAGGACAUACUGGUCGUCCGAGCGACGACAACAUCCGUGAAUGGGUGAGGCUGAAGCUCGGCCGACACAAGGCGCCGGCGCACAUUUUCUGGCUUGGGGAGGAUGGCAUUCCGGCCACGGUGCCGCUGACGGGGAGUGGGAAAGUGAGAAAGUUCGAGCUCGCUCAGCUGGCGGGACAGUUGGUCACUAAAGGGAGACCGAAGUUGUAGGAACCAGGCGUCGGCGGUGAGAAGGUUUCCCCAGAAUCACAAUGCAUACUCUAUGUACAGACUAAAAGAGUUAGCUUUUUUUUUUUC